AAGUAGUGGGUUAUUGGAUUUGGGUCGAAUUAUUUUGGUUGGGUCUGUAGUUUCCAAUCAUCUAAAAGGUACAUUUCCAUCGCUUUUGAUUUUUUAAAAAAUGGUAAAUAAAAUUACAAAGAAGACGGUGGCAUUCUAGCAUUUUUUUCCGGAGAAAGUGGCUUUCUAGCCAUUGUUUCAUCUUCAUCAGAGAUCAACCCAACUUCACUCAAUGCUGAUGAUGCAGUCUCAGCUCUUAAAAAGCAUAAAUCAAAGUGAAAGAAACCAUUACCACCGUGGGUCGUUCGAUUGCAACUAAAUAAUGUGAAUCAUUUCCAGUUCAACAAUGGAAGGUCUUCGAGAAUCUGAGCAUCUCUUCGUCAAUAAGGACCUCGUCGAUGAUUAUGUCGAAAUUUCCGGUAAAGAUGAUACAUCAGAAAGUUCCAAUGUCAAAAGGAAAGUUGAAAGUCUCUUCUGUGUUAUGAGAAAGAGAACUUGUAGGCACAACUCUGUCGAUGAUGAUGAUAUGUUUCCGGAUUUAGAUAAUAAUGCAGAGAAAGGUGAUGGUGAUGAGGAUAUACGAAAUUGUCUGAGACCUGAAAGUGACUUCUGGUUUGAAAAUCUUACGGAUAGUCCUUAUGAUCCAUUGGAUGAAGGUACCAUUGUAGACGACAGUGGCAGUGACACAAACAUAUCUGAAUCUUCAGAAUUUGAUGUUAUAUCGGAACAUGUUCUAGAAGAAAAUGAUUUGGUAACGGGAUCGAAAUCUUUGGCUAUAUGGUCCAGUGAGGAUAAGGGAGCUCUGGUUAGUAAAUGGUCUUUAGAAACUCGGAAUUCUAUCUUGUUGUUAUCUCCUGAUGAGCAUGGUGUAAGGUCUAAAGAAGAUGAGGUGUUAUCAUCUGUUUCUGCAUCCACAAAGAAAUUACAGCAUAUCAUUGAUCCCCAAAUUAUCUCUGGACAUAGUAAUGACAUCUCUCUCUUCCAUAUAGAACGGAAAAAAGAUCGAAUAUUCUGCAUCACUGGGCAUUGUGAAGAUAUAUUGAGGUGCAGUGUCAACAAAGAAGAUUCAGAAAUCCCAUGCAAUUUUGAUAUCUUCAAGAAUGAUGGCGACAAAUCAUCUGCAAAUGAAGUUAGAUGUGGAGAUGUCAUCAACAUGCAGGGGUCUAUGGAGAUAAUGUGCAUUAAUGAUGAGCUUACACUGUGGAAUAAAGACAAUGAACCAAUACCGAUCAGCAUUGUUCCUCCUGAUGGUUGGGAAAGCGUAUUGCUAGAAACAUGUUCACUUCAUCAGAUAGACAGAUGUAUAAAUGAAUACAAUGUUCGUGAUGAUAACAUUGGCCUUGAAAUAUCUCCAAUACCUUUAACAAAAACUCUGGAAAGACCUAGUAGGCCAUUGUCAGUUUGUGGCUCUAUAGCUGCAGUCAGAAACUUACCUCUAAUGGAAGAUAGCUCAGGUGCUUGUAGUUCUUUGGAUGAACAAGUAUAUGCAAAUGCUAAUAGCUCUGAGGACAGGGACGCAGAACUUGCUCAAACCCCAUCAACUCUAUAUCAGGAAGAAGUGGAUGGAGAAGAUGAGAUUGACAUUGAUGCAAUGAUCCGCAAAUUGAAUCUAGUCCCAGAUGAUUCAGAUUCAUGCUUCAACAGGGAAGAAUGGAACAUAUAUAAGCACCCAAGACACGCCUUAAUUGGAUUGGAACACUGCACAAGAACUUCAUUGCAAAGAGCAAAUAUGUUUCAUGGGGCAAUUGCCAUCCUGCAUUGUCGUGAUUCAAAGCAUUUUGUCAGAAAACGCGAGGUAAUUAUUGGGAGAUCAUCUGAUGGCCUGAAUGUUGACAUUGACUUGAGUAAAUAUAAUUAUGGGAGUAAGAUAUCUCGGCGUCAGGCAUUGGUUAAGCUAGAGAACAACGAAUCAUUCUCUCUAAAGAACCUUGGAAAGCGACAUAUUCUUGUAAAUGGAGAAAAACUCGAUACAGGACAGAUUGCAACCCUCACAUCGUGUAGUUCAAUCGAUAUUAGAGGAGUAACCUUUGUGUUCAAGAUUAACAAAGAAGCCGUGAGACAAUUCUUGAAGAACAACACACGAAGAAAGACCGAGGAAGACACCAAAUUCAGAUGGUGCGAAUAGAUUCUGUUAAAUUCUCUUUUGCUCUACCACUCUCUGCAUAGUCUUAAUGACCCAUCCACAUGAUUUAAAUGUCCAACCUGACUUAGGGUUAGGAGUUUAGACACCUAAUGCCAAUGAAUGAAUGAUCCCAUCAUAUCUGUGUUAAUGCCUUGAAGAAUAAACUUUGUAUAGAGUUUCCCAAGUGAGAACUUCAAUUAACAUUUCGUACAUUUUGACCAAUCUCUAUUAGGAAGAUUUGUUCUGUAACU